AUGGCGGUCGGCGGACGUGUCCGUCUGGAUGAGAGCCCGGGAUUCAACUCGUCGGUGCCACCCAACGGCACUGUGUGCUUCUCUCCGACGUCAGUCUCCUACGGCGGGAUAUGGCAUGGAGGGAACCCAAUGGAUUUCUUUCUGCCUCUGUUCAUCAUGCAGGUGGCUAUCGUCGUCCUCACUACCAGGGGAAUGUACCUCCUCCUCAAGCCCUUUCGACAGCCGCGGGUCGUCGCCGAGAUCAUCGUGAGUUUUCUUCCCAGUCUCUCUCGCCCAUGAUUCCCGGAUGCGUCCUGAUCUGCUCUGGUUUUGUGGGUCAGGGGGGCGUGCUCUUGGGGCCGUCGGUGAUGGGGCAGAUUCCCGGAUUCGCCGACAAUCUGUUCCCGUUGAGGGGGACGACUGUUCUGGAGACGAUGGCCCACCUCGGCCUUCUGUACUUCCUCUUCUUGGUGGGGUUGGAGAUGAAUGUGGGCAUGAUCAAGCGCACGGGGAGAAAAGCCCUGGUGUUGGCCCUCACCGGCAUGUUCCUCCCCUUCGUCAUCGCUACUAUCGCCUCCUACUUCCUCUCAGAGCAUAUGUCGUUCAAAAUGGACAAGCUGCCCUUCCUGAUCUUCCUCAGCGUUACCCUCUCCAUGACCGCCUUCCCCGUCCUGGCCCGCAUCCUCGCCGAGCUCAAGCUGCUCAACACCGAGAUCGGGAGGAUCGCCAUGUCUUCCGCUCUGAUCAACUAUUUGAUCGGGUGGAUGCUGCUCGAGCUGGCCGUCGGCCUCUCAGGCCCCACAGAUUUCCACUCUUUGACGUCCAUCUGGGUUCUGUUCUUCCGCGUCGGUUUCGUGCUUCUCUGUUUCUUCGUCAUCAAGCCGGGGAUUCAGUGGAUCGCCCGGCAAACCCCCGAAGGGAUGCAGGUGGGGGACCUCCACAUCGGCAUCAUAGUGACCGGCGUGAUGGCCUGCGGGUUGGUGACUGACGCGUUGGGCAUCGGCUCCAUCUUCGGGGCCUUCGUCUUCGGACUGGUGAUCCCCAACGGGAAGCUGGGCGUCGCCGUGAUCGAGAGGCUGGAGGACUUCGUCUCCGGCCUGCUGUUGCCCCUCUUCUUCGCCAUUAGCGGCCUUCGGACGAACAUUUUCGCCGUACAGGACGUCGACACGGCUGUGAACCUCCUCAUUGUCAUCGCGGUGGCCAGCGUCGUCAAGCUGGGCGUCAUUCUGAUAGUCUCCUCCUUCUACGGGAUGCCCUCCAGAGAUGGCCUCUCCCUCGGGUUUCUCAUGAACUGCAAGGGCAUUAUUGAGAUGAUCGUCCUCAACGCUGGCCAUGACAAGGAGCUGCUCGGCGAGGAUUCCUUCGCGCUGAUGGUCAUCUCAUCGGUGAUCAUGACUGCCGUCGUCGUCCCUCUGGUGACCAUGGUGUCCCGGCCAGGUCAGCGUUCCCAGUUCUACGAGCGCCGGAUGAUCCAGCAGUCCGGGCCCGACUCUGAGCUCCGUAUUCUGGCCUGCGUCCACACCAGCCGCAACGUGCCCGGCAUCAUCAGCCUCCUAGAUUUCUCCCGCCCUACGAAAAAGGCUCCGCUCUUCGUCUACGCUCUCCACCUUCUCGAGCUCACCGGCCGGGAAUCCGCCAUGCUGAUAGUCAACACCGCAGGCCAGGACCCGGGAGAGCACGGCGCCAAGAGUGCCAACCAUAUGCAGGCCCAGUCGGCUCGGAUUAUCGGUGCCUUCAAGAGCUACGAGCAGCAGGCCGGCAACGUCACCGUGCAGCCCUUCACCGCCAUCUCUCCCUACUCCACCAUGCACGAGGACAUCUGUAAGAUCGCGGAGGACAAACGGGUCACCCUCAUCAUCCUCCCUUUCCACAAGCAGCAGACAGUGGACGGCCGGAUGGAAUCCCCCAACCGUGGCGUUCGUGCAGUGAACCAGCACGUCCUCGUCCAUGCCUCUUGCUCGGUGGGGAUCUUCGUCGACCGAGGCCUCGGAGGGUCCUCGAGGAGCAUGUCGGGACAGGGCGUUGCCAACCGCGUCGCUGUCCUCUUCUUCGGCGGGCCCGACUGCCGGGAGGCCCUGGCAUACGCGCGGAACAUAGCGGAGCACCCGGAGACUGUCCUCACGGUGCACCGCUUUCUGCCCGCUGCCGUUUCCUCGACCUUCGAGGACGCCAUAGCGGUUUCUGUGGACGACGACAGGGAGCGCCGGCUGGACGACGAGUACGUCGAGGAGUUCCGGCAGAAGACCGCCGGGAACCGGCGCAUCAGCUAUCUUGCGGUGAUGGCCAGCAACGGGGAAGAGACGGUGGCGACCAUCCGAUCCAUGGGCGGCAGUUACGAUCUGUGCAUCGUGGGCAGCGGGCAUGGGGUCGGGGCGCCGCUGACCUCCGGGAUGAUGGACUGGAGCGAAUGCCCGGAGCUUGGGCCGAUCGGGGACCUGAUGGCGUCGUCCGAUUUCUCGGCGACUGUGUCCGUCUUGGUAGUGCAACAAUACGUCGGCGCCUCGGGCGCCGGCGACGGAGGUGGAUCGACGGAGAGCUCGAGAGACGGCGGGCGCUGGGCAAGGUGCGCCAUUUCCGUGCCGUGA